AUGGACUACGUCGAACUGCCAAAGAUAGAGCUCCAUGCACAUUUAACUGGAAGCAUCUCACGCCAAGCUCUCCACGAGAUAUGGCUUCGCAAGAAGGAGGCAGGUAAUACAGACCUGGAUGAUCCUUUGUCUGUCAUGCCAGAAGGUAAGCAUGACUAUAAUUUGCAAACCUUCUUCCCGCUCUUUAGCAGUUACAUAUACAAUCUCAUUACUGACGAGGAAUCUGUCCGCUAUACUGCAAAAUCUGUUCUAACCGACUUUCUCAACGAUGGCGUCUGCUAUCUCGAACUUCGAACGACACCCCGCAGCACCCCUCAACUCUCAGCAGAGCAGUAUAUCACAACCCUUGUUGAUACGAUCUCACUGUUCGAGUCCGAAAAUCCCCAGCUACACACGCGUCUUAUUCUAUCCAUCGACCGGAGACAUACCCAUGAGCAGGCUGCUUCUACCCUCGAGCUUGCUCUGAAAUACCGCAACCAAGGAGUUGUCGGCCUGGACCUCUGCGGUGACCCAACAGCCCGGCCCAACGGCGAAAUCAAUAUCUUCACUCCUGUAUUCGAGGAGGCAAAUACGAAAGGACUGGGAAUCACCGUGCAUUUUGCCGAAGCUGAAGCCAGUGGCUCUAAGGAGGAGUUGAGUACACUGUUAUCGUGGGGGCCAGGUCGUCUAGGCCAUGUGAUCUGGGAGGAUGAGGAUACGAAGAAAGAGAUUGCGAGAAAAGGAUUGUGCUUAGAGCUGUGCCUGAGCUGUAACGUCAAGGCUGACAUGGUCGUUGGCGGGUUCGAGGGGCAUCACUUUGGUCACUGGAGAGAGGUUGAGGGACCAAAUAUCUCACUCAGUACUGACGACGUUGGUGUAUUUGGAAGCCCCUUAUCUAACGAGUACAGACUCGUUGCGCAGCACUUUGGUCUAGACCGUCAAGCCAUAUGCGAUUUGGCAAGACAGCCCAUCGACGGCAUCUUUGGCGGCGACCAGGAGAAAGAAAGACUGCGGCGUCUUAUGUGGACACGCUGA